UCCCAUCAGGGUUCAGACUUCAGAGGAUGGCCAGAGAGGCUUAAUUUUAGACCAGCAUCUUCCACAUUAGGAUGGAGCCAGAGUCUGUAUAGAAUCCCAUCCUGGCUGAGAUUGAAAUAAUCUGGUUCCCAAUGGUUUUUAGGUAUGUCUGACCCUUACUGCCAAACGCAUGGCAAGGAAAAACUGCUUAGUGAAGAACUUAGAAGCCGUGGAGACCUUGGGGUCCACGUCCACCAUCUGCUCGGAUAAAACUGGAACUCUGACUCAGAACCGGAUGACAGUGGCCCACAUGUGGUUCGACAAUCAAAUCCAUGAAGCCGACACAACGGAGAAUCAGAGUGGUGUCUCAUUUGACAAGAGUUCAGCCACCUGGCUCUCUCUUUCCAGAAUUGCGGGUCUCUGUAAUAGGGCGGUGUUUCAGGCAAACCAGGAAAACCUACCUAUCCUUAAGCGGGCAGUUGCAGGCGACGCCUCGGAGUCCGCGCUCUUGAAAUGUAUCGAGGUGUGCUGUGGCUCAGUGAGGGAGAUGAGAGAGCGAUACGCCAAGAUCGUGGAGAUCCCCUUCAACUCCACCAACAAGUACCAGCUGUCCAUCCACAAGAACCUCAACACGUCUGAGCCCCGACACCUGUUGGUGAUGAAGGGUGCCCCAGAAAGGAUCUUGGACCGCUGCAGCUCCAUCCUCCUGCACGGCAAGGAGCAGCCCCUGGAUGAGGAGCUGAAGGAUGCCUUUCAGAACGCCUACCUGGAGCUGGGCGGCCUUGGAGAGCGAGUGCUAGGUUUCUGCCACCUCUUUCUGCCCGACGAACAGUUUCCUGAAGGGUUCCAGUUUGACACGGAUGAGGUGAAUUUCCCUGUUGAAAACCUCUGCUUUGUGGGGCUUAUCUCCAUGAUUGACCCUCCGCGGGCCGCCGUCCCUGAUGCCGUGGGCAAGUGUCGCAGCGCUGGUAUUAAGGUCAUCAUGGUCACUGGAGACCAUCCAAUCACAGCCAAAGCCAUUGCCAAAGGUGUGGGCAUCAUCUCAGAAGGCAAUGAGACUGUGGAAGACAUCGCUGCCCGCCUCAACAUCCCAGUGAGCCAGGUGAACCCCAGAGAUGCCAAGGCCUGCGUGGUACAUGGAAGCGACCUGAAGGACAUGACCGCUGAGCAGCUGGAUGACAUUCUGAAGUACCACACGGAGAUCGUGUUUGCCAGGACCUCUCCUCAGCAGAAGCUUAUCAUCGUGGAAGGCUGCCAGAGACAGGGGGCUAUCGUAGCUGUAACUGGCGAUGGCGUGAACGAUUCUCCAGCCUUGAAGAAGGCAGACAUUGGGGUUGCUAUGGGGAUUGCUGGCUCCGACGUGUCUAAGCAAGCUGCAGACAUGAUUCUUCUGGAUGACAACUUUGCGUCAAUUGUAACUGGAGUAGAAGAAGGUCGUCUGAUCUUUGAUAACUUGAAGAAAUCCAUUGCCUACACCCUGACCAGUAACAUUCCAGAGAUCACCCCCUUCCUGAUAUUUAUUAUUGCAAACAUUCCAUUACCCCUGGGGACUGUCACCAUCCUCUGCAUUGACCUGGGCACGGACAUGGUUCCUGCCAUCUCCCUGGCUUACGAGCAAGCUGAGAGCGACAUCAUGAAGAGACAGCCCAGAAACCCCAAAACGGACAAGCUUGUGAACGAGCGGCUGAUCAGCAUGGCCUACGGGCAGAUUGGUAUGAUCCAGGCCCUGGGGGGCUUCUUCACAUACUUUGUGAUUCUGGCUGAGAACGGCUUCCUCCCGACCCACCUGCUGGGCAUCCGAGUGGACUGGGAUGACCGCUGGGUCAACGAUGUGGAGGACAGCUACGGGCAGCAGUGGACCUACGAACAGAGGAAGAUCGUGGAGUUCACGUGCCACACAGCCUUCUUUGUCAGCAUCGUGGUGGUGCAGUGGGCUGAUCUGGUCAUCUGUAAGACCAGGAGGAACUCUGUCUUCCAACAGGGGAUGAAGAACAAGAUCUUAAUAUUUGGCCUCUUUGAAGAGACGGCCCUUGCUGCUUUCCUUUCCUACUGCCCUGGAAUGGGUGUUGCCCUGAGGAUGUACCCCCUCAAACCUACCUGGUGGUUCUGUGCCUUCCCCUACUCUCUCCUCAUCUUCGUGUACGACGAAGUCCGAAAACUCAUCAUCAGGCGACGCCCUGGCGGCUGGGUAGAGAAAGAAACCUACUACUAGAUCCCGUGUCCUGCACGCCGUGGAGCAUCACGCCACACACUUCGCACCGACCCCCCACCCCCUCUUUGUGUACUUCAGUCUUGGAAUUCGGAAUUCUACCCUGGUAGGAAAGCACCGAAGCAUGUGGGGGAAGCAAGACGUCCCGGAAUGAAGCAUGUAGCUAUAUGGGGGGGGAGGGGGGAGGGCUGCCUGACAAACAUCGUCUAUGGGAAUGACCGCGGGGAUGGUUUUUAUGUGCCUUUUUGUUUUUGUAAAAAGGAAAACUUGGAAAGACUGAAAGAAUACAUUUUAUAUCUGGAUUUUUACAAAUAAAGAUGGCUAUUAUAACGGAA